AUGGACAAGAACCAUACUGGUAUUUUGGAAUCACAGAUAAUUGCCGAAGGCCCUUCCGGUAUUUCUCCUACUGUGGUAAAUCAAGCAUCUUCUCCUAGGGCCAGUGCCCUUCCUCGCGCUCCUUCAGCGAACAGCCCUCGAGCGUCCAAUGCAGAUCCUCUCACACCAGCUACUUGCUCGGCGAGAUCUGAUACAGUGGUCGGCAGCACUGGCGAUAUGCGAUACUUUGGUACAUUGAACCCAUGUCAUAUACAACUGUUGCUUCUAACAAGUCGACAGGGCCACCUUCAGGAGUUUCACUUGCGUCCAUCGGCACAGGCCCAAAGGCAGCACCAUGGACUUCAGCCCCCCCGAAUAAUCCCACUCCAAACGAGUCGUGGUCUGCAUGGACACACUCCUCAAUGAAAGGUAUAUUUGCAACAAGAUCAGAGGUCCCCUUGCCGCCAUGGAAAGAAGCUUUCUCCCUCGUAAGCGAGUUCUUCGAUCAAGAACACCAAGCCAUACCUUGUUUUCACCAACCGAGCUUUAUGACACUGCUGGGGCAGCAGUAUUCUGGAAAAUUAGAUCGAAAUCCUGCUUGGCUUGGGUGUCUUAAUUCCGUCUUGGCGAUAUCCCAGCGUCGUCGUGUGGAAAAGGGCCGAGAUCCAUCAGAAAAAGGGAAUCUAUCAUGGAACUAUGCGGCUAACGCGAUGGGGAAUCUUGUGGAUAUCCUCAUGCGUAACACUCAAUUACUCUCCGUCCAGGCUCUUUUAUGCAUGGCCUGGUUCUUCGUGGGCACCCCGAAUCCUCAACCUAGCUUCAUGCUGACAGGGAAUGCCGUGCGAUUAGCUCAUUCUAUUGGGCUUCAUACAAGCUACGAAGAUCGGUCUUGGGAUUCUGUCGAGAUCGAAAUGAGAAAACGGGUGUUCUGGAUCGCUGCGUCUCUGGAUUCGGAGCUCUGCCUCCGGACAGGUAGGCCUCCUGCCCAUAAUCUCCAUGACUUCCACGUGGAACUGCUAUCAGACAGUUCACACAACGGCGAUAGCGAUAUAAUUACAAUUUCCAACGGCACAUCUCUGAAUCUUUUCAACGCACAAUGCCGGCUAGCCACGAUCCAAGGCGAGAUCUAUAGAACUCUGUUUUCUAGUCAUCUACCAUCCACGGAUAGAAGCUGGAUGGCCGAUUCUGUUUCACGUCUGACGGAAAAACUAGAAGCCUGGGCUUCUUCAACUUCUCCAUCUCUCGACAUGAAUGGACUCUUGCAGAGGCCCGAACAUCAAGGACUAAUGCGCUUGUGUUAUAUUUACCAAAACUGCGUUAUUGUGACAAAUCGCGGUUUAGGGCUUCAAUAUUGGACAUCGCGCAACCAAGUAGAUCUCUCUUCUCUGCCUUCGACAGCCCGGGUUUCCAUUCACCGAUGUUUGAAAGCGUCCAGAAUUAUUUUAGGCUUAAACAUGGUUAUGCCUCUAGGAUGGAGGAGCUACUAUUGGUAAGCUUUGCUAUUGGUCGUCUCAUUCAAGUAAUUCUAACUCGGUUCUAGGGAUGUCAUUGGCAUAAUCUCAGGGGCCAUUAUCAUUCUUUGCAUUAACGCCCUCCGCCAGCCUGAAGAACUUACCGCAGCGGACGACUUGCGUGCUGUAAGCGGCACCUUGAAGCUGCUCGAUCUCCUUGACCAGGAGAACCCCAAUACGUACCUCCACCCUCUUCAAUUGACGUGUGAGAAGCUGUAUCAAAAAGCCCAAGCAACUACUCACGUUCACCUAGGAGAAGUAAGCCCAUCAUCUCAAUCCGGCGAUUUCUAUAUAGGCGGUGGAAGAGAAACUUCAAUAGAUAACCACCAGGGCUGCGACCGGCGUCGGACUGAUGAUGGGCGCCUUCAAUCUGUGA